AACAAAAAUAAAAAGACAAUAGAUCCAAAAAGUAUAGCAUUCAAAAUGUUUGCCGCUUUAAAAAAUUCCUUAACUUUGCAGCUAAAUCGUUGUGCAAUUCAAACGGCAACUCGAGGGUAUGCCCAGAAGACUGAACGAUUUAAAUGGUGCCAACAGGAAUAUGCAGUACCCAAAGCAAUCCUAGCUGAUGGCAAGGAAAUGCCACUUAUAGGACUUGGCACUUGGCUGAGCCCUCCCGGCCAAGUGGUUGAAGCUGUAAAAACUGCCAUCGAUGUUGGAUAUCGUCACAUUGACUGCGCCUACGUCUAUCAAAAUGAGGCUGAGGUCGGAGCCGGAAUUGAAGCCAAGAUUAAGGAGGGAGCUGUCAAGCGCGAGGAUCUCUUUAUUACCAGCAAGUUGUGGAAUACAUUCCAUCGCCCGGAUUUGGUGAGAUCCGCCUGUGAGAACACACUGGACUUGUUGAAGUUGAAGUAUUUGGAUCUGUACUUGAUUCACUGGCCUAUGGGAUACAAGUCGGGCUGCGAACUAUUCCCAGUCGAUAAGGAUGGCAAAACUCUUUACUCGCCCGAUGAUUACGUUGACACCUGGAAGGAAAUGGAGAAACUUGUCAAGGAUGGAUUGGUCAAAUCUAUUGGUGUUUCCAAUUUCAACAAGAACCAAAUUGAGCGUGUCCUGGCGGUUGCUACAAUUCCACCAGCCACAAAUCAAGUGGAGUGCCAUCCUUAUUUGACGCAGAAGAAACUUGCUGAGUUCUGUAAAUCAAAGGAUAUUACCAUUACUGCCUACAGUCCUUUGGGUAGCCCCAACCGUCCUUGGGCCAAGGAAGGUGAUCCGGUCAUUUUGGAGGAAGAAGCGAUCAAGAAAAUUGCUGCAAACAAGAAGAAGACUGCUGGCCAGAUCUUGAUUCGCUAUCAAAUCCAACGCGGUAACAUUGUCAUACCAAAGUCUGUGACCAAGGAUCGCAUCGAAUCGAACUUCAAGGUCUUCGACUUCGAGCUGACCGAUGAGGAAAUCAAGACCAUUGAAGGAUUCGAGUGCAAUGGCCGCCUGGUGCCCCUGUUGAACGUUGGCGAUCAUAAGCACUAUCCAUUUAACGACGAGUAUUAGGUUCAAUCUGCAAGAAACCAGUCGAUCAAAAUGAUAUGUGUAUACAACUAGUUAAGUAAAUAUUCUGGCAAAAACUAAGAUCGGUUUCACAUGAGAAGACAUCCAAUACCGACUCAAUACGGCCACCCUCACCAUCCAUUUGAGAAAGAUGAGUUUUAAUUGGACAACCCACCAGUUAAUGAUUGUUUUGAUAAACCUUACACACUUUACACAUGUGCUAUACACAAUAUACUAUAUACACAUAUUAUUGAAAUAAGAGAAUAAAUAUGCUGGCAUAAUUAUGAUAA